CUGAUGGGACGGUAUAAAUAGUCUAGCUGCUAAGUGACAGACAGACCCUAACUCACACACACACCCGCUAGCUAACCUCUCUACGUCCACACAGGAGCGUCCCUGACUGGCACAAAGGGGGCUAGAAGGAGAGAAGAUAGAGUUGGAUAUAUCAUUCUGUACUGUGUAUUAGUGCGCUGAUCUCCUGUCCGCAUGGAUUACCAGUCAAGUAUCAUCGGGGGCUCCGACUCCAUGGACAACCUGGAGAAGCAGCUGAUCUGCCCCAUCUGUCUGGAGAUGUUCUCCAAGCCUGUGGUGAUCUUACCCUGCCAGCACAACCUGUGCCGCAAGUGCGCCAACGACGUCUUCCAGGCAGCGAACCCAUACUACACGUCCCGUGGUACCAACAUUACCGGCGGCCGGUUCCGCUGCCCGUCCUGCCGGCACGAGGUGGUGCUGGACCGGCACGGCGUGUACGGGCUGCAGAGGAACCUGCUGGUGGAGAACAUCAUUGAUAUCUACAAGGAGGAGAGCACCAGGCCCCUGAAGAAGUGUGACCAGCCCAUGUGCGAGGAGCACAAGGACGAGAAGAUCAACAUCUACUGCCUGACCUGCCAGGUCCCCACCUGCUCCAUGUGCAAAGUGUUCGGGGCGCACAAGGACUGCGAGGUCUCCCCACUGCAGAACGUCUUCCAGCAGCAGAAGACAGAGCUCAGCAACGGGAUCACCAUGCUGAUGGCUGGAAAUGACCGCAUCCAGGCCAUCAUGACCCAGCUGGAGGACACCUGCAAGACUAUAGAGGAGAACAGCCAGCGGCAGAAGCAGAGCCUGAGCGAGCACUUCGACCUGCUCUACGCCAUCCUGGAGGAGAAGAAGGGGGAGCUGCAGAGCAGGAUCACCCUGCAGCAGGAGGAGAAGACGGGCUACGUGCGCGGCCUGGUCCAGCAGUUCAAGGAGCAGCUGGAGGGGAGCACCAAACUGGUGGAGAGUGCCAUCCACUCCAUGGAAGAGACCGGCAUCGCAGCCUUCCUGCUGGAUGCCAAAAAGCUCAUUAAAAAUAUCACAGAUGCCUGCAAACAGUCGCAGGUGCAGAUGACGGAGCCAGGGUUCGAGUGCAUGGAUCACUUCACCCUGAGCACAGAGCACGAGGAGGCCAUGCUCCGGAGCAUUGACUUCGGCACAGAGGAUGACGAGGAGUAUGAGGAAGAGGAAGAGGAAGUGGAAGGGGAGGACCCUGCUGACAAGAAAACGGACGGUCCACAGUGAUUGUUUCUGCAGAAACAACAGAGAUGAAAAACGAAUGCAGGUAUUUUCAAGAAAUACUUGAUGAACUUCAGCGACAAUGUGAAACGAUGUGAUUGGGUGGAGACACGUCUCCUGUCAUUCGAGGGGUCAGGGGCUGCAAAUAACUUGUGAUUUUACUGUCUGCAGACCAUCACAUACGCAAGGAAAAUAUAUUUUCCACAUAUUUUUUAUACAGGGGUCUGGGCCGUGGCUGCUGGAUGUAUUUAAAAAAAAUCCAUAUAUAAAAAAAAACUGUAUUUUUUACUAUGUUACACAAUGUAUAUGAUAUAAUCGUUUACAAAUGAAUUGGCUUUGGCAUGGUAUCAUUCAGCCCUGGGCCUCUCAAGCAGAGACUGACAACACUAUGUAACACAAUUUUUGUUCCUGGGUAGUAAGUGUUAUUUCCUAAUUGCUUAUGCCUCAAAAGUAUAGAAAAUGGCUAUUAUUCCCCACAAACUUUGCUUUUGUGACCAGGACAGUGAUAUUUUGAAAUUUACCUAUUUCCAAUGAGAAAACGGGUGAAUUUGUGUCUUUUCGUUCACAUAAAGUCCGAAAAAAACAACAUAUGAAUCCAAAUUAACAUGUAUUUAUACUAAAGUAAUACAAAAAUGACUACAAAAGAUUUAGAAGUGAGUAGUUUUUCGAGAUUUACGAUUAUACUGUAAAUCACUUUCACGAAUCAGCGCCCAAAUGUAGUCUCCCAUCAUGUUCUCGUUAUACUGUCCUUGGUAGCGGCGUUCAAAGUCCAGUAUAUCCUGGUGGAAGCGCUUGCCUUGCUCCUCCGAGUAUGCUCCCAUGUUCUCCUUGAAUUUAUCAAGAUGAGCAUCAAGGAUAUGGACUUUGAGGGACAUCCUACAGCCCAUUGUGCCGUAGUUCUUCACCAGAGUCUCAACCAGCUCCACAUAGUUUUCGGCCUUGUGAUUGCCCAGGAAGCCCCGAACCACUGCGACAAAGCUGUUCCAAGCUGCUUUCUCCUUACUAGUGAGCUUCUUGGGGAAUUCAUUGCACUCCAGGAUCUUCUUUAUCUGUGGUCCGACGAAGACACCGGCUUUGACCUUUGCCUCAGACAGCUUAGGGAAGAAGUCUUGAAGGUACUUGAAGGCUGCCGACUCCUUAUCUAGAGCUCUGACAUAUUGUUUCAUAAGGCCCAAUUUGAUGUGCAGUGGUGGCAUCAGCACCUUACGGGGGUCCACCAGUGGCUCCCACUUGACGUUGUUCCUCCCCACAGAGAACUCGGUCCGCUGUGGCCAGUCCCGCCUGUGGUAGUGCGCCUUGGUGUCCCUGCUGUCCCAAAGGCAAAGAUAGCAGGGAAACUUGGUAAAACCGCCUUGGAGACCCAUCAGGAAUGCCACCAUUUUGAAGUCUCCUAUGACCUCCCAGCCGUACUCAUCAUACUUCAAGGCGUCCAGCAAGGUCUUGAUGCUGUUGUAAUCCUCUUUGAGGUGCACCGAGUGAGCCAGGGGAAGAGACGGGUACUUGUUACCAUUAUGGAGCAGCUAUUUAUAUUACUGGAAAGUUCUAGAAAGUUCUAGAAGUUACUCCAAGUUUACUCAGCACUGAAUCUAUCUGGAAUGUUCUGGAAAAUAGGUAAAUUUCAAAAUAUCACUGUCCUGGUCACAAAAGCAAAGUUUGUGGGGAAUAAUAGCCAUUUUCUAUACUUUUGAGGCAUACGCAAUUAGGACAUAACACUUACUACCCAGGAACCAAAAAAAAAAAAAAUUGUUACACGGUGCAGUCGUGUUGAAUUGCAUGCAACUGUUUGAAUUUUACUGGGGUUUAAGUUCCAUCAACCUCAUUUCACAAACAGAUUUGAACCCGGGCCUCCAGAGGUGAAAGCCCCAGCCUCCCUCAGCCUCCAUCAGCCUCCAUCAGCCCCAGCCUCCCUCACGAAAAUAUAUUUUCUUUCUGUUUGAGAAAACGCUUUGCUGUUUAGUUCAUUAAAGGGUUUCCUUGAAAACAGUGCCACCUGCAGUUAGGUCUCUGAAACUCCUCUGAGAGACAGUUACAGAGACAGUACCAUCAGGAUUUCUUUGAUGAACUCCCUCCCCUCUCCAGAAUGGAAUUGGUGCAGUCUGCAAGGACACUUUUUAUACUGGUCAAAAUGAACAGGUUUUAUAAUAUGAUAUAUUAUUUUUGUACAUGAUAUCAAUGGAACAAAAUGUACAUGUUUUUUUUUUUAAACGUUGUGUGUUAUUUUAUGAACCAGAAUGGGCUUAAAAUGAGACACUGCUGUUUGUUUACAUGUGUUUGUCGUUUGGUAGCCAUGCUGGACCAUCUUCAGCAGGGGUUUUGCACAGUAGAAUUUGUUUUAGCUGGUUUAGGAUGGUGAACUUUUAAAAAAAAUGGAAAUACUUGAAAUCACUAUGGGGUGCAUUCAGGUGUAAUUUCAGUUUCCGUUGUUGAAUUAAAUUGUUAUUAUGGUACAAUGAAAUAAACAAAGUUAUGUUUAU